AUGGAUCCCAUCACCCUCAUCGGCGCUAUUGCCUCGGUAGCGGGCUUAGUGGACCUGGGAGCAAAGCUCUGCAUCACCUUACAUGACAUGGCAAAGGUUUUCUCCUCCGCGCCAGAAACCAUUGUCCUAAUGGACAGGGAUGUCUCCUCGCUACGAUCGGUGCUGCAGCAACUCCAAAGUGAAUUGGAAAAGGGAAAUUCACACGCUCUAGACUUGCCUCGCGAAACCAGGAUCAAUCUUCAAAACGUGCUUGAGAGCUGCGAACUUGUCUUUGCAAGCUUGAAAACGAUUCUGGACAAGUUUACAAACUACCCCAAGAAGCUCGAAGGAGCGGGGGUAGCAGUAAUCAAGAUCAACUCAAUCAAGAUAAGAUUCCGAUGGACGAUGGAGGAGAGCGAGGUGGUUAGGAUUCGCAAGAGUUUGCAAACCCACGUGCAGACGUUGCAGCUGACUUUAACUACAACUACCGCCCUCGUAGUUGCUCUCGUUCACGAUGACACGACAUAUAUGAUCACUCUACUCGAGGAUCUCCACUCAAGUUUGCAGAGAACUGCCACCAUCACAUCGGAGACCGUAGUAGGUCUCCAGGUUCAAACUCCAUUCCAGUCCAUAAUACAUGACCCUUCAACGACAUCGACUGCUCCACAAGGGAUUGAACAACAGAUGGCAGCAGCUGUCAUCACUGAUCAGGGGCCGGAUGAAGAGCUACUCCCUGGACCUAACGCUCCCAGUAACGAACCAAUAUCAGUACCAACAGGAGAAAUCAACGAGCCGGGAUCAGUACAGGUUAAACCACCGGACCCGCAGCAUGCUUCUGUUUCAAGAUUGACAGUAUCGAAUCAAGGGAACAGCGCCUCAAAACGCCGUCGAUCAGUCAUCGCCGUGCCCGGCGAAACGCUCUUUGUGGCUGCUCGAGCAGGAAACAAAAACAUCUUUUUACAGAUUCUUCAGACUGGCUCAAAGAUAACUGAAGUAGAGGUAGACGGCACAACCGUUCUACAGGCCGCAGCGGAAGCGAACAGUCUGGAUGUUGUCCUGUCACUGCUCUUUUUUGGGGCAGACCCGAACCUUGGAGGUGGGCGAACGGGCAGUCCACUUAUAGCAGCCACGAACAGACAGCAUACACAGGUCGUGGCUGCUUUGUUGGAAGCAGAGGCGAAUCCGGGUGCGUUUUACCCCGAUGCUCUUCCCUGGAUGAGAAGCGCAUUUCACUGCGCUUUAUACUACAAGAACCUCGAGAUUCUAUCGAUGCUGCUAGGCGUGGGCACAGACCCAAAUGGAGUCCCGGGUCUCUUGCAGUAUGCCUGUUCUGCUGGGACACUUGAGUCAGUUAAGCAGCUCUUGGAUGCGAAAGUGAAUGUCAACAACGUUUCUGACGACAGGGCUUACUUUGGAACGGGGUUGCAAGUCGCCGUAUUUAAUAAGCGUACUGAUGUUGUUGAGUUCCUCUUGGAACGUAAGGCGGACCCGAAUAUUAUAUGUCCGACUUCUCUCCCUUGGCAACGCAGUCCGCUCUUUCAAGCGGUAUAUUCGAAGGACUCUGGGAUGCUCUCAAUUCUGCUGGGUAAAGGUGCAGAUGUAAAGAGAGUGCCUGGUCUCUUGCAUUAUGCUUGUUCUGUCGGGACACUUGACUCCAUCGAGCAGUUCUUGGACACUGACCUCGAUGUCAAUGGAGUUUUCGACAACAGCGGAUUUUUUGGAACGCCAUUGCAAGUGUCGGCAUUCAGUAACCGUACUGACAUUGUGAGGCUCCUCCUGAAACACGGGGCGGAUCCUAAUAUUACGGCCACAACACUUCUACCUUGGCAACGCAGUCCGCUCUUUGAAGCAGUAUAUGCGAAGAACUCCGAGAUCCUCUCGAUACUACUAGAUACAGGUGCAGAUGUAAAUAGAGUCCCGGGACUCUUGCAUUAUGCCUGCGCCGUCGGGACUCUUAAUUCUGUUGAGCAGCUCUUAGUGGCUGACCUAGAUAUCAACCAGCUUUCCCACGAGAAGGCCUUUUUCGGAACGGCACUGCAAGUCGCGGUAUCGAAUAGCCGUACUGAUAUUGUGAGGUUCUUGCUCAAAAGUGAAGCAGAUCCUAAUAUUACGGCUACAACGCUUCUGCCUUGGCAACGCAGCCCGCUAUUUGAGGCGGCAUACGCGAAGAACGCUGAGAUUCUCUCGAUGCUACUAGGGGCGAAGGCCGACCCAAACCAAAUUCCCGGGCUCCUUCCGUAUGUUGCCGAAAACAAUGACUUACGCUUCGUAAAGAUCAUGGUCGAGGAGGGAAAGGCGGACAUCGAUUCUGUGGAUGAGACCCUAGGAACUGCGUUGCAAGUUUUCGCGGCAAAGGGCCAACGAGAUGCCCUGGUGUAUUUGCUCGAUUUGGGAGCUGACCCAAGCAUUGGGGGAGGUCGAUUUGGGUCUCCGAUAAACGCUGCGAUGGCAAAUGGACAUGAGGACUGCACGAAAGAGCUAUUGAGCUAG